AAGAAAAGUCGACCCUCGUGCGAUCCAGAGCUAGGAUUUGCGCUCGACGUAGCCAAGCUUUUCGAGUCCACGAGGAGAAGCGGCAGGUCAAGCUAGCGAGAAAAGCUUUGCAGGUCAGCAGCGGGGCGCAUGGCCAUGGAGGUCCAGGGCUCCAGGCGGCACCAGGACGCCGGCGUGAAGGUCAAGUUCAUCGAGACGCACUUCAUCAGCUCCGACGCCGCCAGCUUCAAGGCCGUCGUGCAGCGCCUCACCGGCAACGGCAAGUCCCCCGCCGCCUCAUCGAGGCCGGCCCAGGCGCCACUGGCGCCGCAGCCGCAGAGGCCGCGUCCUUGCCGGCCGGCCUUCGGUGGCGCGGUGCAGCAGCACCAGCAGCAUCAGGCCGCCGGGUGGCCGGAGCAGCACCAGGCUGGCGCCUACCUGGUCGCUCCGGCGGCGAAGCAGGUGCCGCUCGCGGCGGCGGCGGCAACCCUGGAGGAGAUGCACGAGCUCUGCGACUUCGCGGACCUGUUCUACACCACCAGCGCGGCCGCGGGCGCGCGGGGCGACAUUGCUGGCUGCGCCUUCCCUUACUGAAUUUGUUUUACCGAGCACCAAUGCUUGUAGUUUGCCUUUGCAAAUUCGCAGUCUGUCUAGCACAUUAUUAAUGGUCGAGGAGUUAGAUGCGACGAGAGAUGGUCAUGGUCUGCCACGCCUUUUUUUUUUAAAAAAAAUGGAUACGUCUCCGGACUCUGCAGCC